AUGCUAUUGCUUAGACUCCUGACUGCUUACGUCGAAGCCCGCUCGACACAAAAUCACCAGCCUACCUGUCCAUCUCUUUUCGGGAUCGAGGUUCCCACCAGAGGACCAAAACCGAGCGACGAGACAUACAGGGCUGCAUCAAUCCUGCUCCUGGUCGGGGCGGUGCUGGUGGCCAUCGUCGCCGCCAUCGCCACCAUCUUCAACGCACUGCGCAAGCCCAGCAGGUCCAAACCCCGGCGGCGGCGGCAACACAAACACCCGUCUCAAAAGCAGCAGGCCCUGACGUGGCAGCCCUGGUCCCGCCCGUCGCGGCCGCCCGUCUGGGAUCUCGAGGCAGGGCGGAUGAGACGAGGAGCAGGGGCCGGCCCUGGGGACAAUCGCUCGCCUCCGCCCUACGAUGCUCAACAGCCGCGCAAGUGGCAGCAUAUACGUCGGUGGCGGCUAGGCGUCGCGAGUGAUACUGAAAUCACGGCCGUCGAGGAUGCCCACCGGGAUGGUGAUGUCCGGCCCUCGCCCGUGCCGCCAGCCCGGCUGUCCGGGUCGCGUGGGUGGAGUUCGGUCUGA